UUUGAUCAGUUGAUCCAAGUAUUAAUUGAUCGAUUGACGCUGUCACGGUGCCUCAAUCCGACUGCUGCUGUACCCACCUCCUACCAGUGCUCAUCCCUGCUUCGUCUUUUCCUCCCUCCCUAUCCCCUCCCAGCCGACGAGGAACGAGAAACGGACGAAGACGUCGCCGAGGACAAGACCUUGAGGUUGCAGCUGAAGGGCUUCUACGCCUUCAACUGCGACGUGUGUGGCUUCUCCGUCCACAACGAGAACAGCAUGACGCGCCACCACAUGCACCACGCCAAGCCACCGCUGCCGGAGUGUUGCACGUGCGGCCAGGCUUUCCCCUCUUUCGCCCUGCUCGCCGAGCACGUGCGGUGCCACUACAGCACCACACCGUACCGGUGCGACGUGUGCUCGGCGCGGUUCAAGAGCACGGGACACCUCAAGGACCACCUGCGGAACCACUCGGGGGAGCGGCCGUUCGGGUGCCAGUUCUGUGGCAAGUCGUUCGGCCAGAAGACCGGCCUGGCCAAGCACGUGGCGAUGAUGCACGGGGGCCGGCGGCCGUAUGCCUGCCACCUCUGCCCGCAGGUGUUCAAGCGCAGGGGCGCGCUAAUGGAUCACAUCGGCGCCCACGAGCUGCAGAAAGCGGCCCGGGUGCACGCUUUGAGCAGAGCGGACGAACCGGGGGCUGCGUUUCGAGGAGCCCCAGCCGCGAAGUCCGGAGUCGGAGCCUCGUCGGAACCAGCCGACGACGAGCGAGACCGUGACGAGGACGCUGCCGCGUCGCGGCUGACGGGCAUCCACACCUUCGCCUGCGACGCCUGCGGUUACACGACCCAAAACGAGAACCUCCUGACGCGCCACCGCAGGAACCACAUAGAGCCCGAGCUCCUGCAGUGCCACGUGUGCAACGAGGAAUUCGCCCAGAUCACCCAGCUCGAAGCGCACCUGCCGUCGCACCUCACUGCCAAGCCCUACAUGUGCGACGUGUGCUGCGCCCGGUUCCGGUACGGGACGCAUCUCAAGGACCACCUGCGCGUCCACACGGGGGAGCGCCCGUUCGUCUGCGAGACGUGCGGCAAGACGUUUGUCCACAGGACCACCUGGGUCCACCACAUGAAGACUCACACCGGGGACAAGCCGUUUGCGUGCCCCUUGUGCCCACUCGCAUUUGUGAGCAAGCGCUUGCUGCAGGACCACCUGAAGCUGCACGCGAGCUAAUGGGGCUGGGGCGAAGUGAGCCAGUACAAGACCGCACCAAGUCGCACCAAUGACGCAACUGCCGGUGCAUCCGGCGCACGGGUCCGGGACGUGUUUCGGGCACCGUACUCGAACCGGAAAACUAACUCUCCACGCUUGGAGUUGCGUUUCGGGGCUUGUGUGUUUCGUAAAAGACGUGAUCCAGUCACGAAUUGGAAAUUCCAUUUCACCCGUGCAAAGGGGAAAUCGUAACUCUCAUCGAGUCGGCAUGGCCUUGUCUUUCCUUUUUUUUAUCGCUUAAUGUAUACCUUGAGAAUGUAAUGCGGGUGUAGCAUCUGAAACGGGGUCAUGCAGGGUAUGUUUGCCACGCUUGCUUGGAGCAGAAUAUUUAAUGGAAGCAGCAUUCAAGUGAGGUGAGAAGCUACGAUUACUGUUCAAAGAAAGACGGUCUUGAAUGCACUAUUUUUUGUACAUUAUAUUUUUUUGUUAUGCUACGAAGGCAACUGAAUGUCUUGGGUAGAAACACAUAAUGCAGUUAUCUGUAUCCGUUCUUAGGUCUUUGCAAAGUGAUGCUGACUUGAAAUUUGGAUUUCGCGAAAUAAGGCUGCAGAAGCGUUGAACAGUAUGUUAUGAAGUCCAAAACAUCGCUCAUACAUCGAUAUCUCGCAGGGUUGGCCAUAUUUUUGGAAAUUAAGGGCAUGAUCAAGCGAGGACUUUGAUGUUACGACCCUCCUGGAACGGUUGAGAAUGAAAGGAGGUGGCCUCACUUCUCUCCUCCUCGCUUCGGUUCACCUACUCGAGGGGACGAAGCGAAGAGGAGAGUAAAUGAGAAUUGUGACAUGACGUGCGUUGCAGGCCUCGUCGGCCAAGUUCAGUCGCGCACUUUUCCUAAAAUAUGGCCAACCAUUGGAGAUAUCGCUGUAUGAGUCAUACUUUUGGGUUUUGGAGCGUCCCACCUAUCACUUCAGCUUUGUUUCGUGAGGUCCUAAUUUCAGUUCAGCAUCCCUUUAAGCUGAAAACUUUCAGGCAAAAUUUCUGUUUCUCGAUUUGUCUGCUUCCAAGUGCUGAACUGCGCUCCUACCCUGUACCACAGUAUAGCUAUAAGAGCUAACGCUUAUGCUUUUUUCCCCUUUCUGUCAGAGAAGAAAAACGGAGGGCAGAGCAAAAAGGUCGCCACAGAUUUGCUGAUUAUCUCUUGCAAAGUUAUUCUGCCAUAAUAACUUGCUACAAUGUGGUAUUGCUGCCUUAUGGGAUUAUUGAUAACAUGUGCUUGGAACUUUCAGCACUUCUGUGACAUUGAAACAUGUUUGUGUUCACACUUCGGCUUUGUGUUGUCUUUGGCUGUCGGCAUGUGUUGGGCUGUUGUGACAGUGUCGUAGUCUAGGUAGUCUUUAGAAGCUCUCAUCAGGCUAUAAGACAGCUUGAUGAGACUCCUUGGGACAAGCAGCAUAAUUGUAAUUCACAGCUGUUACUCCCAUAGACACUGGUGGUUUGUCGAUACCAUAGAUAUACCGUGUUUUUGUGCGUGUUCGGAAAGAGGGGUAAUUGUUGACAUGUUCGAGCGUUAAAUCGUUGCUCCAUUUGGUGCUUCUCUUCGUUUCAGGUCACAGUGUGAAGUAGCCGGAGCCAGUUUCUUGUCACUUUUGUUUUAGUGCUUUUUUGUCUGCCAUGCAUCUAUUACUUUGUGUGGACAUGUAACCUCAAACCUUUGUUUUCUUCCGAGAGCAAUGCUCAGUGGUGUUGGUGUGGAGCGUCUCAGCACGCUUCAGAAUACUCUAUAUAAUUGCUUACGAGUCACUACCGUGCUUGUGUUGUAAAUCUGUGCUCCAAUAUGGUAUCUUGCAUUAAAGAGAUUAAGAAUUCUUGUUUUUGAUGUUGGCUAACUUGUACCUUGAAUAAAUGUGUCACCUUCGCAAUGAUAAAUGUGUCACCUUCGCAAUGUACCUAACAGGAGUUAGCUUUUGUUCACAUUUGCUGAUUUUCUUCCCUCAAUAAGUACAUGAAGUACUUUUUUUCUCUCAAGAUCUUACUGUUCUGCUUUUUAACAAAAAAAAUAGGAAUAAACAAAAAAAAAUUAAAUCUUUGCAAUGAAUCAUUUGUUCAGUUGGGGUUGCCACUAGUUGAAUACUGGGGGACCAUAGAAAAAAAAUGGGAAAAGGUAUAAAAAAUUGCUGUGGUCGAUAGGUGCUCCUAACCAUGUCGCAUUGCAGAAAGAAUCCUACAUCGUCAUAACAAGAUAAUUUAUACUGGAGAAGGAGGUAAUGUGGUAACCCAUUGGCCACUUUCCAUCUUACAAUCCUGUGAACAUCACUCCCUAGAGUCACAAGGAGGUCCUAAAAAGUAACUUUAGAAAGAAACUUGUAGGUCCACUGAUGAUGGGUUAAUUUUCUGUUUACAGCGCUUUUCGUCGAAGAAGACCUCGGAGCCAAAGCUGACGAGCGGUUUCCUCAUCCUGAAGUGCGGCAUGUGCGGCUACGACACCCAGAGCGGAGAACCGCAUGAUGCAGCAGAGGAGGCUCCACGUCGGCGUGCGUCCCCUGGUGUGUCCCGUGCAUGGCAAAGAGCUCUUUCGGCGCACUCUACCGAUGCAUUGCGUUCCUUUCGGCCAGAAGGAACACCUCAAGGACCACUGGCAAGCCGCGCACGCAGAAGAGAGCCCCUUAAGGUCUCCCUUUUGUGACUCUGUGUGCGAGCAUCUAUGUGACCUGUUGCGCCACCUCCAAGAGCAUGGUCACAGGGCAAUGGCGUUUACGUGUCACCUUUGCCUGCUCGCAUUUGUGUGCAGGGGCUUGCUGCAGGAUCACGCUAGGGACCACAUAUAUGAACGUGGCUUCAAGUGCCACCUUUGCACGGCUACCUUCCAGAAGUGGUGCCAUGUAAAGGACCACUUGAAGAACCAUCUGGACACUGAAAAAGAACCCGGCUUGGCCCAUAGAUCUUUCGUAUGCGUUUUGUUGUUGUGGGAGACUCUGAUCGUAAAUUUUUAUAUUUGUUUGGUCAAAACUUUGUGUCGUGUUGAUCAGCUUGAAGAAAGCCAGCACUCGUUUCAAUAAACUUUUAUUGCUCAUUGUUUCCCCCUUUGCUGAUGGUGUCUUUCUAGAAAAAAGCAAAUUAGUGGAUGUUAGAUGUUUUGACAGUGUGACCUUAAUUUACCAGAGUAUGGCAACACUAUUACGUACUGCAGGUAAGAAAUCUGGCUAGUGUACAACUGUUGCUUGGGAUCUGUUAGAACUGAACUGGAGUGGCCAGGUAUUGGAGGUCCUGCUCGUGACUGAGUAAGCAAACGGGCCAGUAAUUUUUGCACAUUGCAAUUAUAGUGGGAUGUAAGAAACCAUAGCAAAAACCAACCAGC